GCCGUGUGAGUGUGAGAGAGAGAGAGAGAGAGAGGUAGGUGUCGGCGGAGGAGGGUCUGAGGCGGUGGAGAGGACGAUCGCUGAUAAAAGUUUCUGGUUCUCUGGAAACGGAAGAAAAAGGUUCUGAAACUGUGUUUUUGGGGUGGAGAACUGAGAGAUCUGGUGUUUUUUUCGGAUAGUUUUCGUGGGUUUUAUUUGGAGAUUUGGAAUCCAGAACUCUGUAAAUCUGUUGGCCUUCUGGGCUAGAACGCCGUCUCUUUGAUCUGAUAAACAAAGAGAAAAGCAUACAUCUGGGUAGGUGUGUUUAUCAAUGGCGGCUGUCCCGGGCUCUUCUCUCCAGCUUCGGAAUGAGCCAGUGGCCCUCUCAUCGUCUCUGAACCGUCAGAAGGUCUUCUCGGUAAAGAGCCGAGCAGUGCGAUGCUUGGCUUCGAGGCGAUGGGUGCCGAGCCCUGUGUCCCUGGAAAACAGGUUCUUUGGCGCUAGACUUCGCCCUUCAGAGAAGAUCCAGCUAUGGUGGUCCGAUGGACCGAGCCGCCCCUCAAAACUGCGUGUCUUGCGCCCAUCCAUGGCCUUGUCAAAGGUGCCGGAGAAGCCCCUCGGGCUCUAUGAUCCUUCCUUUGAUAAGGACUCUUGUGGCGUUGGCUUCAUUGCUGAGCUAUCCGGUGAUCCCAGCCGGAACACGGUGGCUGAUGCACUGGAAAUGUUGGUUCGUAUGACCCACAGAGGGGCAUGCGGCUGUGAGGCCAACACCGGGGAUGGAGCUGGCAUCCUCGUCGCUCUCCCGCACGAAUUCUACAAGGAGGUUGCCAAUGAUGCUGGGUUUGAGCUGCCACCUCCUGGUCAGUACGCUGUUGGUAUGUUCUUCCUGCCCACAGAUGGAAAUCGGCGUGAACAGAGCAAAGUUGUGUUCACUAAGGUCGCCGAGUCAUUGGGGCAUGUUGUCCUUGGAUGGCGCCAUGUGCCAACUGAUAAUACAGGUUUGGGCAAAUCUGCUCUUGAGACAGAGCCAGUAAUUGAACAAGUGUUUCUCACCAUAAGUCUGAGAUCAAAUGCCGACUUUGAGCAACAGAUGUAUAUAUUGCGGAGGGUCUCUAUGGUUGCUAUUCGAGCUGCACUAAACUUGCAGCAUGGUGGAAUGAGGGAUUUUUAUAUAUGUUCCUUGUCAUCAAGGACUGUUGUCUACAAAGGUCAGCUCAAGCCAGUUCAGUUAAAGGAUUAUUAUUAUGCAGACCUUGGUGAUGAAAGGUUCACAAGUUACAUGGCCCUGGUCCACUCACGAUUCUCCACAAAUACCUUCCCAAGCUGGGAUCGUGCUCAGCCUAUGCGUGUCUUGGGGCACAAUGGAGAGAUCAACACACUUCGUGGAAAUGUCAAUUGGAUGAAGGCACGCCAAGGUCUGUUGAAGUGCAAGGAACUUCGCUUAUCACAGAAUGAAAUGAAGAAACUUCUUCCUAUUGUGGAUGCUAGCUCAUCUGAUUCAGGGGCUUUUGAUGGUGCCCUUGAACUAUUAGUUCGAGCUGGUAGAAGCCUACCAGAAGCUAUCAUGAUGAUGAUCCCUGAAGCCUGGCAAAAUGACAAAAAUAUGGAUCCAGAUCGGAUGGCUUUGUAUGAAUACUUCUCUGCCCUUAUGGAACCAUGGGAUGGGCCUGCUCUGAUUUCAUUUACUGAUGGUCAUUACCUUGGAGCAACAUUGGACCGUAAUGGAUUGCGGCCUGGUCGGUUUUAUAUAACUCACAGUGGACGUGUUAUCAUGGCCAGUGAGGUUGGUGUGGUGGACAUCCCCCCAGAAGAUGUUUCCAGGAAAGGGAGACUCAACCCUGGGAUGAUGUUGCUAGUAGACUUUGAGAAUCAUUGUGUUGUCGAUGAUGAUGCUUUAAAGAAACAAUACUCAUUGGCAAGGCCUUAUGGUGAGUGGUUGAAGAGGCAAAAGAUAUCCCUCGAGGACAUUGUCAAAUCUGUGCCUGAAUCAAGUAGGCCUGCUCCUGGCAUUUUUGGAACACUUCCUGUGCACACUCGAGAUGAUGACAUGGAAAAUAUGGGAAUUCAUGGUCUCCUGGGCCCACUGAAAGCCUUUGGUUAUACUGUAGAAGCUUUGGAAAUGCUGCUGCUUCCAAUGGCAAAAGAUGCCACUGAAGCUCUGGGCUCAAUGGGGAAUGAUGCUCCUUUGGCUGUCAUGUCAAAUAGAGAAAAAUUGACCUUUGAGUAUUUUAAGCAGAUGUUUGCUCAGGUCACUAAUCCCCCAAUAGAUCCAAUUCGAGAAAAAAUUGUGACAUCUAUGGAGUGCAUGAUUGGUCCAGAAGGGGACCUGACUGAAACCACUGAGGACCAAUGCCAUCGCCUUUCACUGAAAGGACCUCUUCUUUCCAUUGAUGAAAUGGAAGCAAUGAAAAAGAUGAAUUAUAGAGGCUGGCAGAGCAAAGUGCUGGACAUCACUUACUCCAAAGGGCGUGGUAGGAAGGGUUUGAAAGAGACACUUGAUAGGAUUUGUUCUGAAGCUCGAGAUGCUAUUCGGGAUGGCUAUACGAUUCUGGUACUGUCUGACAGAGGUUUUUCAUCUGAAAGGGUUGCUGUAAGUUCCCUUCUAGCUGUGGGCGCUGUACAUCAACAUCUAGUUUCAACUCUUGAGCGUACACGAAUUGGGUUGGUUGUGGAAUCUGCUGAGCCUCGUGAGGUCCAUCAUUUUUGCACUUUAGUUGGAUUUGGUGCAGAUGCCAUUUGUCCUUAUUUGGCCAUAGAAACCAUCUGGCGGUUGCAAAUUGAUGGCAAGAUUCCUCCUAAAGAAAAUGGAGAGUUCCAUUCACGGGAGGAGCUGGUUAAGAAGUACUUCAAAGCAAGUAACUAUGGAAUGAUGAAAGUUCUUGCUAAGAUGGGAAUCUCCACUCUAGCCUCUUACAAAGGUGCACAAAUAUUUGAAGCUUUGGGUCUUUCAUCAGAGGUUAUCCAGAAGUGCUUUGAUGGGACACCAAGCAGAGUGGAGGGUGCAACGUUUGAAAUGCUUGCUCGAGAUGCACUUCGCCUUCAUGAAUUAGCAUUCCCAAGCCGAGCUUUACCAGCAGGAAGCGCUGAGGCCAUAGCACUUCCUAAUCCUGGUGACUACCAUUGGCGCAAAGGAGGGGAAGUACAUCUCAAUGAUCCUCUGGCUAUUGCAAAGCUGCAAGAAGCCGCCAGAGGAAAUAGCGUUGCAGCAUAUAAAGAAUACUCAAGGCGUAUACAGGAGCUAAAUAAGAUGUGUAAUCUACGGGGCAUGCUGAAGUUUAAAGAUGUUGCAGAGAAGAUCCCCUUGGAUGAAGUGGAACCUGCCUCUGAGAUUGUGAAGCGUUUCUGCACUGGAGCCAUGAGUUACGGCUCAAUAUCCCUGGAAGCACAUACUACUCUAGCUAUCGCAAUGAACAAAAUUGGAGGGAAGUCUAAUACUGGUGAGGGAGGUGAACAACCUUCACGUAUGGAGCCUCUUCCAGACGGGAAAAUGAACCCAAAAAGGAGCGCCAUAAAACAAGUUGCAAGUGGAAGAUUUGGAGUGUCAAGUUACUACCUUACCAAUGCUGAUGAACUACAAAUAAAGAUGGCUCAGGGAGCAAAGCCAGGUGAAGGUGGUGAACUGCCAGGCCAUAAGGUCAUCGGUGACAUUGCAGUCACUAGAAACUCUACUGCUGGUGUGGGCCUCAUUAGUCCUCCUCCUCACCAUGAUAUAUAUUCAAUUGAGGAUCUUGCUCAAUUAAUUCAUGAUCUCAAGAAUUCUAAUCCAGGUGCUAGAAUUAGUGUCAAGUUGGUCUCUGAGGCAGGUGUUGGAGUAAUUGCCAGCGGUGUUGUGAAAGGGCAUGCUGACCAUGUCUUGAUCUCAGGCCAUGAUGGAGGCACUGGAGCCUCCCGUUGGACAGGUAUCAAGAAUGCUGGGCUUCCUUGGGAGCUUGGCCUGGCUGAGACACAUCAAACUCUAGUUGCAAAUGAUCUUCGAGGCCGAACUAUUCUUCAAACUGAUGGCCAGUUGAAAACCGGAAGAGAUGUUGCAAUCGCAGCUCUGCUUGGUGCAGAGGAGUUUGGUUUCAGUACUGCUCCUCUUAUCACUCUCGGAUGCAUAAUGAUGAGGAAAUGUCAUAAGAACACCUGCCCAGUUGGCAUUGCCACCCAAGACCCAGUGCUUCGUGAGAAGUUUGCUGGAGAACCAGAACAUGUUAUAAACUUCUUCUUUAUGCUGGCUGAAGAAUUGAGGGAAAUUAUGGCUCAGUUAGGAAUUAGGACAGUUAAUGAGAUGGUAGGCCGUUCUGAUAUGUUAGAAGUUGAUGAAGAAGUGAUUAAAAGCAACGAAAAAUUAGAGAAUAUUGAUCUCACAUUGCUACUUAGACCUGCAGCCACUAUUCGGCCAGAUGCUGCUCAACAUUGUAUUCAGAAACAAGAUCAUGGUCUUGACAUGGCUCUGGACCAAAUGUUGAUUUCUGCAUCAAGUGCAGCUCUCGAGAGGGCUCUUCCAGUAUACAUUGAGAUGCCAAUUCGGAAUGUGAAUCGCGCUGUUGGCACUAUGCUUAGUCAUGAAGUUACUAAACUGUAUCAGAUGAAGGGUCUUCCUACAGAUACAAUUCAUAUCAAGCUAAAUGGAAGUGCUGGCCAGAGCCUUGGAGCUUUUCUAUGCCCUGGUAUUACACUUGAGCUUGAAGGAGACAGCAAUGAUUAUGUUGGAAAAGGAUUAUCUGGUGGGAAGAUUGUUGUUUACCCUCCUAGAGAAAGUCAAUUUGAUCCAAAGGAGAAUAUCGUCAUUGGGAAUGUUGCUUUAUAUGGUGCAACGGGAGGGGAAGCAUAUUUUAAUGGAAUGGCUGCAGAGAGAUUCUGUGUUCGUAAUUCUGGUGCAAAAGCAGUUGUAGAGGGCGUUGGUGAUCAUGGGUGUGAGUACAUGACAGGAGGUACUGUUGUUGUACUUGGAAAAACAGGUAGAAAUUUUGCUGCAGGUAUGAGUGGUGGAAUUGCUUAUGUUCUUGAUGUGGAUGAGAAGUUCCAUACUCGAUGCAAUACUGAGUUGGUCGAUCUAGAUAAAGUUGAAGAAGCUGAGGAUAUUGCAAUGUUGAAGAUGAUGAUUCAACAACAUCAACGCCACACUUCAAGCAUAUUAGCAAGAGAAGUGCUUGCAAAUUUUGAAAAUCUACUCCCAAAGUUCGUGAAAGUAUUUCCACGAGAUUAUAAAAGGAUCCUUUUGAAGUUGAAGGCUGAUGAGCAAGUUGCCAAAGAAGCUGAUGAGCAAGAAGAACGAGAACUGAUGGAGAAGGAUGCUUUUGAAGAACUCAAGAAGUUGGCAGAGAAAGCGAAUCUGGUCGAAAGGUCAACAGCACCUAAGAGGCCAACUCAGGUUCCUGAUGCUGUCAAGCACCGCGGGUUUGUUGCUUAUGAGAGGCAGGGAAUAUCAUACAGGGACCCCAAUGCUCGGAUCAAUGACUGGGAAGAAGUUGCUGAAGAGUCGAAGCCUGGUCCUCUGUUGAAAACACAAUCUGCCCGCUGCAUGGAUUGCGGAACACCUUUUUGUCAUCAGGAGAACUCUGGGUGCCCUCUUGGUAAUAAGAUACCGGAGUUCAAUGAAUUAGUCCAUCAAAAUAGAUGGCGUGAAGCUUUGGAUAGGCUUUUGGAGACAAAUAACUUCCCAGAAUUCACAGGACGAGUAUGUCCUGCUCCUUGUGAAGGCUCCUGUGUUCUUGGCAUCAUUGAGAACCCUGUAUCCAUUAAAAGUAUCGAAUGCUCCAUCAUUGACAAGGCAUUUGAAGAAGGAUGGAUGGUGCCCCGACCUCCCCUUCAGAGAACAGGGAAGAGAGUUUCAAUUGUAGGAAGUGGCCCAGCUGGUUUGGCUGCUGCUGAUCAGCUAAAUAAAAUGGGACAUCAUGUUACUGUUUUUGAGCGUGCUGAUCGUAUUGGAGGCCUGAUGAUGUAUGGAGUUCCAAACAUGAAGACUGAUAAGGUUGACAUUGUUGAGCGUCGUGUCAAGCUCAUGGAAAAGGAGGGAGUUAAUUUUGUGGUGAAUGCAAAUGUUGGAACUGAUCCCAAUUACUCUCUUGAACGGCUUCGGGCCGAGAGUGACGCAAUUAUAUUGGCUUGUGGAGCCACAAAACCAAGGGAUUUGCCUGUUCCUGGGAGGGAUCUGUCAGGAGUUCAUUUUGCGAUGGAAUUUCUACAUGCAAACACCAAAAGCUUGCUUGAUAGCAAUUUACAGGAUGGUAAAUACAUAUCAGCUAAGGGGAAGAAGGUGGUGGUGAUAGGUGGAGGAGACACAGGAACAGACUGCAUUGGCACAUCCAUCCGACAUGGCUGUACUAGUCUUGUAAACCUGGAGCUCCUCCCUGAGCCACCUCAAACAAGAGCACCAGGAAACCCUUGGCCCCAGUGGCCUCGUAUUUUCCGUGUGGACUAUGGUCAUCAAGAAGCCAUCACCAAAUUUGGCAAAGAUCCUAGAUCAUAUGAGGUCCUGACAAAACGUUUUCUUGGAGAUGAGAAUGGGGUCAAGGGACUUGAAUUGGUGCGUGUCCGCUGGGCAAAGGAUAGUAGUGGGAAAUUCCAAUUUGAGGAAAUCAAAGGGUCAGAAGAGAUAAUUGAGGCUGAUCUUGUCCUAUUGGCGAUGGGUUUUCUUGGUCCUGAACCAACAAUUGCUGAACGACUGGGACUAGAGCGAGACAACCGCUCGAACUUCAAGGCAGAGUAUGGACGUUUCUCGACCAAUGUGGAAGGAGUUUUUGCUGCAGGUGACUGCCGGCGUGGUCAGUCACUGGUUGUUUGGGCCAUCAAUGAGGGCCGUCAGGCGGCCUCUCAGGUGGAUAAGUACUUGAUGAAAGAAGAGGUUGAUAUUAACACUGAGAAUGGCUCGUGCCAGGGAGAUGUGGUCAAGAGUUUUGACAGCAAACAGAGUGUAGCUGCUUAAAGGCUUUCUUCCUCUAAUUGCUACUAUUUUCCUUUCUUCCUUCCAAAUAUGUGGGUUUAAAUCCUGAUUCUUACUGUAGAAUCUAAAGCCAUCAGCAAAAUUUUAGGGUUGGCGAGCUGACUGAAGAAUGGGUGUGGAUUCUAUUCUCUUCCUUUGAAUUGGCUACGGUGGAAGAUGAUGCAAAGUUGGAAAAAGUUUUGUUAGGGGGGGCAUUGCGUAGCCUGUUCUUUGUUUAUUAUUAGUAUUAUUAGUAUCAUUAUUUUUCUUUUGUUUUGGGGUUUUAAAUUUGUUUGUAGAGUUGCGUUUCAUGGCUUGAUAAAUAAUGUACAUGAAUGUAUUUGUUUUGAAAAUAAUAAAUAUCAGGCAUUGUUGCUGAAGGUUAGCAGCAGUGUAUGAACAUGGGCAUCUCAGUUGGCCGGA